UUGUAAAACCACUAAAACAAAACCAAAAAACGUCCUCUCUCUCUCUAUUUCCCACCCAUUUCCCACGCAUCUUCCUUCUCACUUUCCUUUUUAUCUCAAAACUCCAAAUAAAAACUCUUUCAUUCACUCUUCCAAUUCCCAAAUUCUCAGAUCCAACAAACAAACACAAAGUCAACAAUCAUGUCCUCCACCACAUCUCCCCCAAUUCUCCCAAUCUCAAACACCACCACCACCGCCCAAUCGUCCCAACCACCAAUCGCCACCCCAGCUUUUCGCAACUUCAUCAGCAACAUAACCGAAUCGGUCCGCAACAACCUCGCCCAGCGCCGCCCGUGGUCCGAGCUCGUCGACCGAUCCGCUUUCUCGAAACCCGAAUCCUUUUCCGACGCCACCCUCCGCGUCCGCAAGAACUACUCCUACUUCCGCAUCAACUACCUCACCGUCAUCGGACUGGUCCUCGCUUUCUCUCUCCUCUCUAACCCUAUCUCUCUCCUCGUCCUCCUCGGCCUCCUCUCCGCUUGGCUCUUCCUCUACCUCUUCCGCCCCUCCGAUCAGCCUCUAGUCCUCUUCGGCCGUGCUUUCUCCGAUAGGGAAACCCUAGGUAUCCUCGCCGUUUCGAGCAUCUUCGUCAUUUUCCUCACCUCCGUCGGAUCGCUACUCAUCUCAGCUCUCCUCAUCGGAGUCGCUCUUGUUUGUGCUCACGGCGCGUUUAGGGCUCCGGAAGAUCUGUUUCUCGAUGAACAAGAAAAUGUCUCCACCGGAUUUCUCUCCUUCAUUGGCGGCGCUGCCUCCAACGCCGCAGUCGCCGCUGCUGCAGCAACUCCUGCCGUCGCCGCACGCGUCUGAGACCACACACUUGUUGAAGGUUCUUCUUGUCAAUUGAAAGUUUUUUAGCUUUUGGUAGACAAGAAAAUAAAUGUUUUUUUUUUCCUUCUUGACAAUUUUUUGAUAUAUAGGCGAAAAUUGAAGGUCUUUGUUAUGGAUCUGUGAUGUUUGAUUUGGUUUUAGGUAGAAUGUGAAACUUUUGGUGGUGGAUCUGUAAGUUCUAUAUGUUCUUUUUAAUUUUCUUUAUGUGAUACAAAUUCAUUGAUUCAGAUCUAUAUGGGGUACGCGUAUCAAGAUUUUGUUUCUGUGCAAA